AUGGCGAUGUUGGUUUCGAAUUUGUCUUCUUCAAGCUUCUGUUUCUCUACCUCUCGCCGAUUUCGAAACCAGAAGGGGACUGCAAGCGACUUCAGAGUUCGAAGAGAUGUGAUUUUGAGCAGAGCCUCGUUGAGAACGGUGUCUAUCGAAGACAGAGAUUGCGCGGACUCGAUUUCGUCAUUUGAUCGAAGCUUAACGGAUACGAAUACUCGAUUGCGGAGAUUCUGCGAAGCAGGGAAUCUGGAGAGCGCCGUGAAACUUCUUCGCGUAUCUAGAAAGUGGGAUAUCGAUCCGAGAACUUUAUGCUCUAUUCUUCAGCUCUGUGCGGAUUCGAGGUCACUCAAGGAUGGUAAAGAAGUUGAGUCCUUUAUUCGUGGUAAUGGGUUCGCAAUAGACUCGAAUUUGGGAUCGAAACUCGCGCUCAUGUACACAAAUUGUGGGGAUUUGGAAGCAGCGAGUCGAGUUUUCGAUCGGGUCAGGAUCGAGAAAGCUCUGUUCUGGAACAUUUUGAUGAACGAGCUCGCAAAGUCCGGUGAUUUUAGCGGGAGCAUCGGAUUGUUCAAGAGAAUGCUGACUUCUGGUGUGGAAAUGGAUCGAUAUACAUUUUCCUGCGUUUUCAAGAGCUUCUCGUCUCUGCGAAGUGUUCACGGAGGAGAGCAGCUUCAUGGUUACAUUCUCAAGUCAGGCUUUGGAGAUUGCAACUCAGUGGCGAAUUCUCUGGUGGCGUUUUACUUGAAAACUCAGAGGGUGAAAAGCGCACGUAAGGUGUUCGACGAAAUGACUGAAAGAGAUGUCAUUUCUUGGAACUCGAUGAUUAAUGGGUAUGUAUCAAAUGGAUUAGCUGAGAAAGGUUUAUCCUUUUUCGUGGAGAUGUUGUUUUCAGGAACGGACGUUGAUUUAGCUACCGUAGUGAGCGUUUUCGCAGGCUGUGCUGAUUCUCGUCUAGUCUCUUUAGGCAGAGCUGUCCACGGUUUUGGAUUGAAAACUUGUUUCAGUAGAGAAGAUCGGUUUUGCAACACAUUGCUUGAUAUGUAUUCGAAGUGCGGUGAUCUAGACUCUGCUAAGGCUGUGUUUACAGAGAUGAGUGAUCGGAGUGUAGUGUCAUACACUUCUAUGAUUGCUGGUUACGCUAGGGAAGGUUUGGCUGGUGAAGCUGUGAAGCUGUUUGCGGAAAUGGAGGAAGAAGGUAUUAGCCCUGAUGUUUACACCGUCACUGCGGUUUUAAACUGUUGUGCUCGGAACCGGUUGUUAGAGGAAGGUAAGCGAGUCCAUGAGUGGAUAAAGGAAAACGAUUUGGGGUUUGAUAUCUUUGUAUCGAAUGCUCUGAUUGAUAUGUAUGCGAAAUGUGGAAGCAUGCGAGAGGCGGAGUUAGUCUUCUCUGCGAUGCCUGUGAAAGAUAUGAUCUCUUGGAACACCGUUAUUGGUGGUUACUCGAAGAACUGUUACGCUAACGAAGCUCUAAGCCUUUUCAAUUUGCUGUUGGAGGAGAAGAAGUUUAGUCCUGAUGAGAGAACCGUGGCGUGUGUUCUUCCGGCUUGUGCAAGUCUUUCUGCGUUUGACAAAGGCAGAGAGAUCCACGGCUACAUCAUGAGAAACAGGUAUUUCACAGAUCGGCAUGUUGCUAAUUCGCUUGUGGACAUGUAUGCGAAAUGUGGAGCGUUGUUACUAGCACGCUUGCUCUUUGACGAGAUUGCUUCCAAGGAUCUUGUUUCUUGGACAGUGAUGAUAGCUGGAUAUGGGAUGCACGGGUUUGGAAAAGAAGCCAUCGCUCUCUUCGAUCAAUCUAGACAAGCGGGCAUCGAGCCUGACGAGAUCUCUUUCGUCUCUUUACUGUACGCUUGUAGCCACUCAGGGCUAGUGGAUGAAGGAUGGAGGUUCUUUAACAUCAUGAGACACGAAUGCAAGAUCGAGCCAACGGUAGAACAUUACGCUUGUAUAGUCGACAUGCUCGCAAGAACCGGAGACUUGUCGAAAGCUUAUCGGUUCAUAGAGGACAUGCCAAUUCCGGCGGAUGCUACAAUCUGGGGAGCGUUGCUGUGUGGAUGCAGGAUACAUCAUGAUGUUAAGCUAGCUGAGAAAGUUGCAGAGAAAGUCUUUGCGCUUGAACCAGAGAACACAGGGUACUAUGUGCUCAUGGCGAAUAUCUACGCGGAAGCUGAGAAAUGGGAAGAAGUGAAGAGGCUAAGAAGGAGGAUAGGGCAACGAGGGCUGAGGAAGAAUCCAGGAUGUAGCUGGAUAGAGAUUAAGGGUAGAGUUAACAUCUUUGUGGCUGGAGAUAGUUCACAUCCUGAAACAGAAAAGAUUGAAGCUUUGUUGAGGAGAGUAAGAGCUAGAAUGAUAGAAGAAGGGUAUUCACCGCAGACGAAAUAUGCUUUGAUUGAUGCGGAGGAGAUGGAGAAGGAAGAAGCUUUGUGUGGUCACAGUGAGAAAUUAGCAAUGGCUUUGGGGAUACUUAGCUCUGGACAUGGAAAGAUCAUAAGAGUUACUAAGAAUCUAAGAGUUUGUGGAGAUUGUCAUGAGAUGGCCAAGUUCAUGUCUAGGUUAACCAGAAGUGAGAUUGUCCUUAGAGAUUCAAACCGGUUUCAUCAGUUUAAGGAUGGACAGUGUUCUUGCAGAGGUUUCUGGUGA